ACUAAGCAUAUUUUUCCUUUUCCACUUAGGAUCAUAAUAAAAUAACACAUUUACUAGCGACAAUUUCCCUCUAUAUAUAUUCCAUCCUCAAACAACCCCUAUUCCCACACAAACAUAAACACAACUCACCUUGCUACCUCAUAGUCAAACAAACCAUAAUCCUUCUCUUUUUUUCUUUCUCCCUCCCUUUCUUUCUUUCCUUUCUUAAUACCCAUACAACAUAACAACAACAUGGAUGCAAUUAGUUGCAUGGAUGAAAGCACCACUACUGAAUCACUCUCUAUAAGUCUUUCACCCACCACCGCCACGUCAUCGGACAAAAAAACUUCUCCGCCGCCGCCCAACACGCUCUGCCGCGUCGGCAGCGGCGCAAGUGCUAUCGUCGAUCCCGAUAGCGGUGGCGGAGGAGGAGCCGAAGCGGAAUCGCGGAAGCUUCCGUCGUCCAAGUACAAAGGCGUGGUGCCGCAACCCAACGGCCGGUGGGGCGCGCAGAUUUAUGAGAAGCACCAGCGCGUGUGGCUCGGAACCUUCAACGAAGAAGACGAGGCCGCGAGAGCCUACGACAUCGCCGCGCAACGGUUCCGCGGCAAGGACGCCGUCACGAACUUCAAGCCACUUACCGGCGCCGCCGCUGACGACGGCGAAGACGACGGAGAAGCCGAGUUUCUCAACUCGCAUUCCAAGUCCGAGAUCGUCGACAUGCUGCGGAAGCACACUUACAAUGACGAGCUCGAGCAGAGCAAGCGCAGCCGCGGCGUUGUCGGCAGGCGUCGAGGUGGAGGCGGCGCCGCCGGAAACGGAAACUCGAUGUCGGGGGCUUGCGCGACGAAGGCGCGUGAGCAACUUUUCGAGAAAGCGGUUACGCCGAGCGACGUUGGGAAGUUGAAUCGGUUAGUUAUACCGAAACAGCACGCGGAGAAACACUUUCCGUUGCAGAGCGUUAACGGCGUUAGCGCGUCGGCGGCGAAGGGUGUGUUGUUGAACUUCGAAGACGUUGGAGGGAAAGUGUGGCGGUUCCGUUACUCAUAUUGGAACAGUAGCCAGAGCUAUGUGUUGACCAAAGGUUGGAGCCGCUUCGUUAAGGAAAAGAACCUCAAAGCCGGUGACACGGUUUGUUUUCACCGGUCCACUGGACCGGACAAGCAGCUUUAUAUUGAUUGGAAGUCAAGAAACGUUAACGAUAUCGGUUUGUUCGGACCGGUUGGACCGGUUGUCGAACCGGUUCAGAUGGUUCGGCUCUUUGGAGUUAACAUUUUGAAACUUCCCGGGUCUGAUGCUAAUGCUAGUAACAAUAAUGCUACCGCUAUUACUGGGUGUUGCAAUGGCAAGAGAAGAGAAAUGGAACUAUUUUCUUUAGAGUGUAGCAAGAAGCCUAAGAUUAUUGGUGCUUUGUAACAUUAAGUUAGCUUCUUUUCUUUUCUUUUUUCCUUUUUUUCUUUUUGAGUUUUGUGACUGAUGAAAGAAAGAAUGGGUACGAGACCGGUGGUGUAGUCGCAAGUUGCAAAAGGUGAAUUGUAUAUUACUUAAUUAGAAGCUGAAAUUAGGUGUAACAAAACUGUACAAGGAAAAAAAAAAAAGGUUUAAUUAAGAAGGGGAAAAAUAAAGGAUAACUGUUUUAAUUGUAUAUGUUGAUGGCGUGAUCGGGCGACGUGUGAAGUUUCUUUCUUCUUUUUAGUUGUGUGGGGGCAAGGGAAAUAUGGGACAUGGGUUUCGAGAAAUAUCUGUUGUGUUGAGAAAGAAAAAACAAAUAUUUUGUUGGUGAAUGAAAGGUAUAAUGCUAACUAUGGUUGUGAGUUGAUUAAUUUUGGUGAUAUAUAUUUUGGGUAACCAUAAUGAGGCAUUUUGUCUGGUUGUGAAUUUUGUUAUGAUUAUGAAUAAAAUAGAAAGGAAAGAGGGUUAUAGCCUUGGUGCAGGGAGAGGGGGACCCCACAGGAGGCAUGGCCUAAGAAAGUGUGAACAAGUUGAUAAUGAGACAUUUGUCCAAUAAAGAAAGAGCCUGGUUGGCAAGUGGGCAUGGUGAUUGUGUUGUGUACACUGUACAUACCCACAUCGCUUCUAAUCUUAAAAUCCUUCCCAGUACGUCGCUUUUGGAACGGUCAACUUUACAUGAACCUUUGUUUUUGUGGCAUCAUUCUGCACUACUGCAGAAUCUGUAACUCAGAUUUUGCUCUAGACAUGUUCUUCCCAAUAUCAAUAUCGUUUUGAAAACCACCUUAACUAUUUUUCGCAACGGACGAUUUGAUUUGUGAUCAUUUUUUCUUCAAACUCUACUAGCUAGUGCGCUUAUUGUUCAUGUCACUUAUCUUUUUGUCAAAUUUCGGAAAGAAUAAUGUUGAUAGAAAUCGGAUAAAUUAUCCGUAUUUCUUUGAUAUACAACAUAUUCUUAUGUUUUUAUUCUUCAUUAUAUUCUCCUGCCCGUUUCAGACAACGUGCUUUUGGAAUUCCGAACUUUUGUACAUACUGCUUUUUCCUCUUUUUCAUGUUGGCAUGUUGCUUACAAGAUUGCUCGUAAAUUUAGUCCUGCCUGAUAUAUCAUUUUGAUGAUCUAAUGGAAUUUAUUUAUUUUUAUUAAAAAAACUCUUUUCUAAAUCUAUUGGUUUUCAGCUCACGGACUUCGGUUCUAGCACGCAUUGAAUUCUACGUGCCAUAACAAUAGUAAUCGAUUUCUUAUUCUGAAACUACUAAAGUCAACACUACUCUAAAUGUGCUUAAUUCUGUUGUUGAGAUUACAUAGAGAUGUUAAUAAUAGUUAAUUGUGCACUGCUUCUUUUCAAAUUUUUUCAAAGUAUCUCAAUGGUCAAAUCUCACUGUCUACGAGUUGAUACAUCGAACCGAAAGCGACUAAAUUAAUUUUCGAUAAUAUUAUUAUUUUUUAUUUGGCAAACUACUGUAUAAUUAUUAAACAUUAACUAUACAAGUCAUUAGUGUAUGCAUUGAGUACUAUAUAUUCUCAUACUAAUGUAGGACUAUGUAUUAAAUAUUAUAGGCUUCGAAGCAUAUCUCUAGCCAGUUGAAUUUAAUUAAUUAUUUCUUUUAUUUUAAGAAAAUAUCCUCUCACUGAUCAAGUGUGAAAUUAAUCCUUUCGUUUGAACGUGAGAUUUAAUCAACUAUUAGCAAUAAUCUUUGGGUUUAUUUUUUUAUCCUAGUUAAUUGGCUGCCCUUGUGAAUUGUGCCUAACUCUUACCAUUAAACUGAAGUAUACCAAUAGUCAAAUGUCUGGCAAAAACGAGAAUAAA